ACUUGAGACAAAAACAGUCACACCCCCAUUACAUUACUUAUCAUGGUAUAUCUUUCUCAUACAACAAUUUUCUCUCCCCUUUUAACCAAACACUCUACAAAGCACACACAACACACCUAGAGUCCAGACGUUUCUUCUUCCCAUGUCUACACCCGGAGAUGCUGAUUCUAUUUUUGGGUAUUUGAAACCCAUUUUUUCUUUUCAGAUUCUAUCGAUCACUGCCACCUAUGAGCAACUCCUAUGGAGUGGCCUGUUUGAUGACCACUGGCGCCCUCACCUUGGUCUUUACGAUUCAGACACCACAGCACUCUACUUUGAAGGUGUCUUCAUACGUUUCCAGGUCUGGAGGCUUAUCACCAACUUCUUCUUCAUUGCACCAUUUUCACUACGUUUUGCCUUCGUGUUCAUGUCAAUAGCCGAAUACAGUGUUUCACUAGAGAGAGGGCCGUUCGACAAGAGGACAGCAGACUGACUGGAUGUUGAACUUUGGAACACUAUGUCUUCUGAUGUUGCAAUAUUGGAGACAGUGGGAAACAGCCCACCAGAACACUUCAUGUUGAAAGUGGAAUCAUUCUCGCUACUCUCUCAAUUGAUCUGAGUUUGUACUUCACCAUGACGGUGGUAAAUCAAAAGAUGUGGAUGGUUGUGUCUCCCUGUACUUGAUGAUUGCUGAAACAGAUAAGCUAUGUCCUGGAUGGGUUGUGAGUGUUGAUUUCCAGUUAUUCAUAUAUGAUCAGAUUGGGGACAAGUACCAUGUGUUUCGAGGGUGUUUAUUUGAAUUGAUCAGGAAGUUGUCAAUUACCUUGCUUAAUUUUGUCAUGUUCAUAAUGAAAACAUAUGCAUUCU